GUUGCCAUUUGGGCCCACAUGGACUCUCGAGAGGGGGAGAGAAGGAGGCACGCCACCCGGUGGCCACCCGGUGGCCACCCGCUUCCAUGUCACUUCCUUGUUCCUCUGUGGAAGGAGAACACUUUUCACCGAACCGAUACGUCCGGACUUUUGUGACUUAUUUUUGGCCAGCCUCGCGCUCAACGCUGUCCACAUCGCUCCGAGAGCUCUCGCUCCGUGCUGACCGACAUUCUUAAAUUAUGGCCGACCGCGGUGAAGCGGGGAGAGAAGACGGAGACCGGGAGCCUCAGGGCGCCGAGGGUGGGGAAGAUGUAAUCGAUGACCCCAUAAUGGAGCAGGGAGCAGUGGUCCUCAGAGGGUACGUGGUGGCACUUGUAAACGCAGAGGAGCCCACUCGACACCUGUCCUCUGAGCAGCUGGGAGGAAGGCCCAACGAACAACACGAACCACAGGUCAAAGAGGUGGUGGAGCAGCUGCUCAAGAUCGCAGAUGACAUCAACAGGAAUGCCGAGCUCCAACGACUGAUCAACCAGGUUCAGGGCAACUGUGCUCAGGAGAUUUUUAUGAAGGUGGCCACGAGCAUCUUCACUGAGGGCAUCAACUGGGGUCGAGUGGUGGCUCUCUUCCAUCUGGCCUACAGACUCAUAUACAAGGCACUGACCACCGAUCGCCUUGAGAACAUCCGAAUAAUCAUCAGCUGGGUUCUCCAGGUCAUCAGAGAGCAACUCUACCCCUGGCUCGUACAGCAGGGAGGCUGGGUGGGGGUGAUCCAUGACUUUUCUCGGUGGAGGACGGUAGCCAUCGUGGCAUCAGUAGCAUUGGUGGCAGCCCUCGUUUACUACAGGAAGACACGCUGAGAGCAGCAGACCCCAAAACCCAGGGCUGCAGUCCUAUCACCUGGAAAAACGCAGCUAGUUAAUAUAGACUUAAAAUUACAACCACUCCUCACCCUCCAUCUAAUCAUCCAGCGGAGGAUACUGUACUGUACUUAGAGGGGGGAGGGGGGCUCCUCCCUUCUGAGGAUUCCAAGAACAAAACAAAACCAAAAAAAGUCCACUGGGCAUCUCCAUUCUUCAGCAGCAACGUAUGGAAGCUACACACCUUCCUGCAUCCAUAUUGGAGGCUGUCGCAGACGGCGGUGUUUGUGAACGUGGCACGUAGCUGUAGAUGACUUCAGACCCGGGGACACAACCCUACCUGAAGCAAGUCUCAGGUCCACUUUGGUCCUGGCUGGGGGUCCAAUGUAGAUUUCUCCAGUAUAUGUAUGUAUGUAUGUAUUUAUAUAGUUAUCUCGGCAACAUUUGGAGCUCUACACCUGAGAGGAUGACGACAGCAGCCAAUCAAAAUUCAACAAAUUCCUAUAUUGUAUCUUCAUUAUGUCGACUUGUGCCAUUCAUUUUAACAUAUUGCAGCCACGUUUGCACUGUAGUUAAUCAGGCCUGUGAUGCUGGACAUACAUGGUCCUGUGUAAUCAGUCACCGGUCGUUCUCACAUCAGAAUUUUCAGUAUCAACAGAAUUAAAACGAGGUGCAAAGUGGAAGAAAAUGCUGGAUUAAGAAGUAUAAUGAUUCCCACUUUUAGAGGUGUCUCUCAAUUAAUAUUAUCCUCAAGAUUAUCCUGGCUAAUGCAAAGUUACCUUAGCCAAAGGUUUUUAAUGAUUUUAGUCUUCUUUACUAAGAAAUGGUGAAUAAUUCUCAGUUACUCUGGUUGUGGAACUGAAUUCAUUCAAACUGCUCGUUGUAAUUUCAGACUUGUACAAAGAUAAUCUUAAAUUUAAGGUCCAUUAUUGGAUGUUUCUUACAGAAAUGCUUCUUUAGAGUUGUUCGAUGACUUACCUCAAGUUUUUAAUGUGCCUUUUGACUAUUUAGAAAAUAAAACCAAAAAAAACUAUUUUUUCUAACACCGUUGCUAAAGUUUAACCUGCUAAUGACAAACGGAGCAAUAACCCAGAGCAGCUAUUCGUCACACUUCUCACACAGGACAAGGGAGAAGACACUCCUUGUUUUAUUUUUUUUAAUGUCAAUAUUAGUUUUCGAGAACAAUUGUAAAAUGCUAAUUUGGAUUUCUUUACUUAUUGUUUGGUCGCAUACAAGCUUAGUGUUUCCACAUGAGCUGAACCCGUCAGAUUGAGACGGUUAACUUUGCCUACAUUUGGAACAUGUGCAGAAUUAUUUAAAUGAAUGGUUUAUUGACAUGUGUCAGGGUCAGGUGAUCUGAUGGAUGAUUUACAUGGGAAUAGUCGGUGGCUAAAGCACACCUCGGUGCCACGCAAGCUUUUCUCGGGUGUUUUUGCUUCCAAAUAUAUUGUGCACUUUUGAGAGGGAUAUCACACUAUUCAUCAGCAUGUUCCAACGGUGGUGUAAAAAAAGAAAUGUAAUUGUGGCCAGAUCAUUAUUUUAUUGUUUGAAAAAUGAACUCAUUGGACUCCAUUUCUGUGAAUAAAUAAAAGUGUUAUUCCACUCA